CCACACCACACCCUUGAUAGAUGUCCACCCUUUGAGUUUAGUGGUCAGUGAAGCCUUUCGGUUUGGCCCCGUGGCCGAAAAUUCAACUGCAGCGGGCCGCCACUUGAGGAUCUCUUGUCUCUGCGUAUGAUUUAGUUUGCGAACGGGAUGGAAGUGGAGAACUUGGGGGAAGCCGGUGGAGCUGCGCUGAUGGCGCCAAAUCUGACGUUCCAGUGUGUCUUCUGUCACGCUGACUUCGACCUGCCAACCGACCUGGCGCACCACAUGCGGAUCUUCCACGAUGAUCCGCCCUACGAUGAUCUGGAGGAUGACUGUGAUUACCUGGCCCUGAUGGAGCCCAUCUGCGAACUGAGGCAGGACGAUGCCGAGCUGAACUUGCUUCAGGGCAGCGACGAGAACUCCUCGGGCUCCAGCAACGGUGUGGCUCACGGGCCGGGCAGAGGACGUCCGCGGGAGACGGCCGACGAGCUGGAGUCUGGCAGUACGCAAGAGUGCUUCUUUCAGUGCACCGUGUGUGAGAAAUCAUUCAAGUUCGCCGGCGAUCUGGCCAAGCACGUGCGCUCACACACACAAAACAAGCCGUAUCAGUGCAGCGUCUGUGAGAAGACGUUCACACACAUCGGCAGCCUCAACACACACAUCCGCAUCCACAGUGGCGAGAAGCCGUAUAAGUGCCAGCAGUGCGACAAGGCCUUCACGCAGUCCAGCAGCCUCAUGGUGCACAUCCGGUCGCACUCCACAAAGAAGCCGCACCAGUGCAGCAUCUGCGAGAAGGGCUUCGUCAACAGCAGCAGUCUGGUGCUCCACAUGCGCCUGCACAGCCAGGCGGAGCCCUUUCCGUGCCCGCGCUGCGACAAGACUUUCAAGGCCGCCCAAACGCUCCAGGAGCACAUGAUCCUGCACACGGAGACGCCGCUGUAUCAGUGCACCAUCUGCCGGCGCGCCUUCCACCACGCCAGCGAGCUGGUGCAGCACAUGAAGUGCCACACUGGCGAGAAGCCCUUCCAAUGCAGCAUCUGCGAGAAGAGCUUCACGCAGCCCGGCAGCCUGAACACCCACAUGCGCAUCCACACGGGCGAGAAGCCAUUCCGCUGCCCGGAGUGCGACAAGUCCUUCACACAGGCCUCCAGUCUGUCCGUGCACAUGCGGAUCCACUCGGCCAGGGACAAGCCCUUCACGUGUCGCGAGUGUGGCAAGUCCUACAGUCAGCAGGCCUACUUCAACAAGCACAUGGCCAUCCGGCACAACGUGGCGCGCCACGGCGAGGAGUGCACGGAGUGCCGGCGCACCUUCGACAGCCCCGUGGCCAUGUCCAGGCACAUGGUGAAGGCGCACCCGCAAAUCUAUCAGUGCUCCAUUUGCCGUUCGCAGUUCAACCACUCAGACGAUCUCGUCACGCAUCUCAGGGGUCACUUUAAGGAUUAGCCG